GUCAGUGUCGCUACCACCAAAGCGAAGAAGAAGACGAAGACCCUUCUUGAAUUUGUCAAGAAGGAGGCGACCCAGUCGAAGAGCCUGACGCAGGACAAGCUAUUGGCCCUCCUGACCGUACCUCGUUUGCGCACUGUCGAGGAGCGAUCAGAACAAGAUCGGCGGCUAAUUCAGAUCUUACGGGCUGACGAGACCGACAAUUGGGUGACUGGUAAGAAGUCAUCUCCGGUUAGAUUCGGUGAGUCGAAUUUCCCGCUGCUCACUGAUGUUGCUGCCACCAAGACGGAGAAGAAGCCGCAGACCCUUCCCCUCUAUGAUUUUGUCAAACCAUAG